UUAAAGAAGCUGGCUUGGGUAUGUAGUUACAAAUCUCCAGUUUUAGAGUAAACUUAAUGUGACUUAAAAAGUAUGACUGCGGAUAUCUACAUACUUGAUUUAUAUAUUUGUUCUUAAAAAAUACCUACUUGAUCUCAGGAACCGCUAUAUACAUGGUCUGAAACAUGCAUCUGGUAAUUUUGUUGUAAUCAUGGAUGCUGAUCUCUCACAUCAUCCAAAGUACUUGCCAAGCUUCAUCAAGAAACAGUUGGAGACUGGUGCAUGCAUAGUUACUGGAACUCGUUAUGUUAAAGGUGGCGGUGUACAUGGGUGGAAUCUUAUGCGCAAGCUAACAAGUCGAGGAGCCAAUGUUCUUGCGCAGACACUUUUAUGGCCUGGUGUAUCAGACUUGACUGGAUCCUUUCGACUUUACAAGAAAUCAGUGCUUGAAGAUAUCAUCAACUCUUGUGUUAGUAAAGGAUAUGUCUUUCAGAUGGAGAUGAUUGUUCGAGCCUCGAGAAAAGGUUACCACAUUGAAGAGCUGUGUCUUGUCAAUGUUGGACAACAAGCAGCUAUUAUGUUUACGCUGCUAGUGCUCAUGACAUGGUUUUCAAAUACUUAGAUAUGAAACUAAUUUUUUUCUGCCUUUAUUGUCGUUCUGCAUAACUAUCUAUCUUCCUUUAUUCAAUAUUUUGGUUUUUCUUUAAUAUUUAAAACUGCUAUACGCUCACCAUAUGUAAUUGUUUUACAAUGAUAUUUGGAUGUUUGUGAACUCGGGCACCUAGUACUUAAAUGAAGUUUGAAUCUAGCUGAAUAGUUCUCUUUGUGAAUCCGACCAGUUAUUUGCAUUGGCCAUCUUAUUUCAUAUCAACUUCCUGAAUAACUUAGUAACUGAUUGUCACUUCUGGUGGCUUAGUGAACAAAUGAACAAACAGAAUUACUAUGUUAGGAGAUUGUUUUAGAA